GUGCAUGCGGGUGCGCGCCUGUCACUCCGUUGCCAGCUGGACGGACACAGAGUUGAAAGCAGAGAGGGCAGCUCGCAGCACAGGACGCAGCAGACCGCUCCCUUUGGGCUCCUCUUCGGGAUUAUUACUUUUUGGUGUCUUUUUUGUUGUUGUUGUUUUUGUUGUUGUGGUUAAAGUGCUCAAGGUUUAAAUUGGGGCUUGUUGACCUUUUGGGAGAGUCUCACGUGUCUCUAUUUGGCUCCCGGCGCAUCUGUCAUCAACCGUUACCGGGUGCCUGGAGUUGCCAAAGUCAUGCCGGCAGGGUUUCAGCAACUCGGAGGGGAGACAUUGACUGGAACCUUUGUGCUCUCUGUCUUCACUGCUGUCCUGGGAUCUCUAGAGUUUGGAUACAAUAUCGGAGUCAUCAAUGCACCCCAGAAGAUCAUCGAGCAGGAGUACAACGCCACGUGGGCGCACCGGUACGGCGAGCCCAUCCCCGCGGGGACCCUCACCUCCCUGUGGUCGCUGUCUGUGGCCAUCUUCUCCAUCGGCGGCAUGCUGUCCUCCUCCUGCGUGGGCUUCGCGUCCGAGUGGCUGGGCAGGAGGAAAGCCAUGCUCAUAAACAACAUGUUUGCCUUCAUUGGUGGAAGUCUGAUGGGGUUGUCCAAGCUCUGCCGCUCCUUUGAAAUGAUGAUCCUGGGACGCUUCAUCAUCGGCGCCUACUGCGGAUUGGCGUCGGGCCUGACACCGAUGUACGUGGGCGAGAUAGCGCCGACGAGCCUGCGAGGGGCUCUGGGCACGCUGCACCAACUGGCCAUAGUCACUGGGAUCCUCAUCGCACAGAUCCUCGGCCUGGAGUCGCUCCUCGGCGUCGAGGACCUGUGGCCAAUCCUGUUGGGUUUGGCGGUCGUGCCGGCCGUGCUCCAGAUGGCGCUUCUGCCUUUCUGCCCCGAGAGCCCCCGCUUCCUCUACAUCGUCCGCUGCCAGGAGCACCAAGCCAAGAGAGGCCUGAGGAGGUUGACGGGCCGCCAGGACGUCAGCGUCAUGCUGGCGGAGAUGAAGGAGGAGAAGAGGAAGAUGGACAUGGAGAGGAAGGUGUCCAUCCUGGAGCUCUUUCGCUCUCCGCUCUAUCGUCAGCCCAUCGUCAUCUCCAUCCUGCUGCAGCUCUCCCAGCAGCUGUCCGGGGUCAACGCAAUUUUCUACUACUCCACCAGUAUCUUCAUGAAGGCAGGAGUCCAGAGCCCAGUCUACGCCACCAUAGGAGCGGGCGUGGUCAACUGUGCCUUCACCGUGGUCUCGCUCUUCCUGAUAGAGAGGAUGGGUCGACGGACGCUCCACAUGGCGGGACUCGGCGGGAUGUGCGUCUGCGCCGUCGUCAUGACGACGGCUCUCGCUUUGUUGGUCAGUCAAGGUGCCCCCCCCCCCAUUAAACAUGCGAGCGCCACACCAGUUUCCCUCACCCUAUUUCCUCUCCUCCUCCUCGCCGGACAGGACAGCGUCCCGUGGAUGAGCUACGUCAGCAUGCUGGCCAUCUUCGGCUUCGUGGCGUUCUUCGAGAUCGGGCCCGGCCCCAUCCCCUGGUUCUACGUGGCCGAGCUGUUCUCCCAGGGGCCGAGGCCGGCGGCCAUGGCCGUGGCCGGCUUCUCCAACUGGACCGCCAACUUCAUCAUCGGCAUGUGCUUCCAAUACGUGGCGGAGCUGUGCGGGCCGUACGUCUUCCUGAUCUUCGCGGCGCUGCUCCUCUUCUUCCUCAUCUUUACAUUCUUCCGGGUGCCGGAGACGCGCGGGAAAACCUUCGACCAGAUCGCAGCGGCCUUCCACCAGGACUCUGUGGGGGGAAUGAUGGACAUGGACAUGGAUCUGGACAAGCCCAGCACCGAGCUGGACUAUUUAGGGGAGGAAAACAUCAACUGAAAAAAAGCUCCUGCCUGGACGGGAGAAGGGACCGAGUACAGCUUGGAAUGAACUUUUUGGGCUCCGAACUUUUACUUUGACACGUUGUAUUGUAUGUUGAGGUCAACGGUUUGAUUCAUAUAGAUUGCGGUGCCAAAGCAGUGAUAGCAGUGUGGCAAUUUGGGGUGUUUUGGAAUUGUCCUUUUCAGGUACGACUGCGAAUCGAGCCUCGACACAGGCUCAUACCUAUGGAUUAGUAGUUGACUACUGUGUUUUAAGGAACAGAACAAAAGGGGACUGUUGAGGCAUCGGCUGCCCUUGUGGUACGACUUUAUUCCACGGCGACACCGACCGACGGAGGUGGAGAGACUGCACUUUAUCUACGAUGACGUCCAAAGCUCAGUUGGACACACACACACACAAUUACAUUAUUACCAUUUAGCUUAAGCUACAAGAUCAUGGUCUCAGGCAAAUAUUCAACAAGUCUGGUUGGUUUGAAUUCAAAUUUAAAAAGGCACGCUGCGUCUUUUAAACUCAUCAAAUGUAGGUAUCAAACAAGUAAGACUUCUGGCAUCAAAAGUCAGCUGUUGGAUGAGUAGCAACAUUUUUAGGUCACCUACAGGCCAGCGGAUUGUCUUCAUCGCCAAACUGAGCCAGUAGUGCGUUCUGAUCUUUAGGCAAAGUGCAAUCACAACUUACAGCACAACCUCCUGAAAAGCUACUUGACAGAAGAACAUGGUACUUUAUGUGUAUGUAUAAAAACCCAGAGUGAUGUUAGUUGGUUUUUGAUAUUUAUGUACAAGGCGUUUGUUAUUUAUGCUCUAGCAGGUGAGAACAGAAGCCAGGUACACCAAGUUUCCUUUUCCAAAAAUCACACAGGCAUCAUACGUUCAUUUCUCUUUUGUGGUGUGUGCAGUUUGCCGUAUAUUCUAUAAUGGUGUGUAUCACUACCUUCUGAAGUUAUUCAGAGUGCAUCUGUCAUUUGUGAAUUAAGAUGAAGAUGUUGUGGUCAUGUUGGGACUGAAAUUAAGCAAAUACUGUAUAAUAAUGUUACUGUCCAGUUAUGUAUACCUAGUGCUGGAAACUGCAUGGAUUGUAAAUUCAAAAAAAUCUUAAGCCGCCAAAAGCAGCAUUUCUAAUAUGCCCCUCGGUCAAUAAGAAAUUUUAUACGGAGAUUUGCAAACAUGAUUUAUUCAUUUGCAUUUUUACUACUGACAUUGCACAUCAUCCCCUCAAAAAGAAAAAAAAGCACACACAAAUAAGUAAAACUCAAAAAUUAAGUUACUUUUCAUCAAACAUUCCUCAACUGAGGAGAUGAAGGGAGUAGUACGUCUCAAGAAUCGAUUGAGGUGGUAAAAGAACUAAACUGACUCCCAUAAUGCACCACCAACCUCACACCUACUUGGUUUUCCCCUCUUCAACCAAAUUUUAAAAAGUUAAAUAAAAAUCAAGGCUGGUUCCUCUAUAAACUACUUGAUGUGUCCCAUCUAGGAUAUUAAAGAAAAUAUUGUUUUAAAGGGGGGGGGGGUUGGAAUAACCGGGCUACCAC